AUGGCCACGAUCGGCGGGCAGACUCUAAAGGCGCUGGUGGAUGCGAUGCUCGCGAAUCCGGAUGGUUACUACGCGUCGUUCGCGACGACUGGUUAUGACUCGGGCGUGAUCGCAGCGCGUGUCAACGGCUCUAAUGUUGACCUCCAAGGUGACGUCAACGCCACGGGCUGCGUUGACCUCGUCAUCUUUCUCUUUGCCCCUCUUUACCCGCCUGUCCCAUGGCCAAACACCCGCCCCUCCCUGCCCCUUCUCGCCCCUCCCUUCCCCUUAUCGCCCUUCCUUGCCCCUCCUUACCCCUCCUUGUCCCUACUUGCCACCUCCCUCAGCAACGCCACAACUUACGACUACGACAUUCGUUACCACGUACGCGUCAGUCUGAACGACUCUGGCGAGCCCAUUGGUGUCGUCAUCAAGAAGGGCGCUGACGUGGCACUCACUGUGCUCACCAGCGACGCCACGUGGACCAAUCGCACGCUCUCAAACGCCGAGCGCGCCAAGCUGGGCGGCAAACUGACUCCCAAGGGCAGGAAGGGCAAGCAGCCGCCUCCCCCUCCCCCUCCCCUCGGCUAUAACUACGAAACCUCCGGCACUUGGCUAAACGCCAGUACUUUGACGGCGGAUAACGGGCAGACGUAUAAGGAGUUGGCGGAUGCCAUGCUGGCUGCACCUGACACCUACUCUGCUCUCAUCUACACCAAAACAUUUGAGAAUGGUGUGGCGAGCGGCGCUUUUGGGAAUGUCACAAAGGGUGGUGGUGAAGCGUCUGGCAAAUUGGCAGUUAAAGUUUGGUUUUAUAGAGUUGCCCGAAUCAUCAAACAUCACUAG